AUGAAAUCUUUGGAUUUGUCUCCGUCCCUAUGGCCACUCGCGUUGCUACCGAGUCUCACGCAUGCCUACUGGCGCAUGGCGUGCAGCGUUUCUCAGACUGUUCGGGUGGACCUCAUCCUUAAUCCAGACGACGUGUCUGGACAUGUGCACAAGUUCGCCGGCGGCAGCAAUGUCAACCAAUAUUCCGACUUCGAUUCACUACAAACCUCCAAUUGUUCGACGUGCGAAGUUCAGCAGGACAAAUCGGCCUACUGGACCCCACAACUGUACUUUGCUCACGCAAACGGCUCAUUCGAAGAAGUUCCAAACUAUGGGAUGACAGUGUAUUACGUCGGCCGCGGGGGUAAUGCAUCUAAUACGGUACCGUUUCCUCCUGGAUUCAAGAUGAUCACAGGCGACACUCGACAGAGAUCUUACGACAAUACAACCUUGACAUACCUGGAUACCAGACCGGUGGCCGAUAGGGUAAGUUUCCGCUGCAUAAAUGAGGCUAACGAUAUUCCAGAAGAACACUACAUGUUUCGUACCGACUGUGUCAAUGGUAUGCGAGCUCAGGUUAACUUCCAGUCCUGCUGGGACGGAGCCAAUCUUUAUCUCCCCAACAACGCCCACGUCGACUACUUGUCGGGCAUCGACUACGGCGUCUGCCCUCCUACUCACCCGGUUCCGAUUCCUGGCCUCUUCUUCGAAGUUCUUUACCUGACAAACUUGGUUGACCAAUCGGGUGGUGGCCAGUUUGUCUUCUCCAACGGUGAUGCCACAGGCUACGGGUUUCAUGGCGAUUUCCUGAACGGUUGGGAUAUGGACAUACAGAAUGCCGCGGUUGCAGACUGUCUCUACACAGACAACGGCGGGCUGGUGAGCGCGUGCUCCCACCUCGCCCCAAGCGACGAUACCAAUUUUCCACGCGACUGCCUUGAGCAGCCAUCAGUAUUUAAUGAACCUGUGCACGGCUUGAUUUCUGCCUUGCCUGGUUGCAAUCCUAUCACGUCUGGUCCCGACCUAGCUGAACAAGUCGUCUGUCCCCUUGGCUCCCACACCCCCGACUCCUUGGACCAAAUACAAACCUCAAUCGCCACCUCUAUGUCGACUACUUCUUCUUCGGCAACAGCCUCCGGAACUGAUCCGGGCGUUCCAGGCACGACGGAUACAUUCAGCAUCCCAAGCCCAACUCCAAUCAAUGCAGUGGCUUCAAGUGGUUCCUCUUCCUCUACAGGGCUGUCAUCCUCUGACCCGCCGCCGAUGCCACCUACCGCCACAUCCUUCGACCAACUGAGUACUUCAACCAUGGAAUCAGAAAACGGCCUAGUGACUACCACCGUCACCGAGUGGGUUACCAUUACAGUGACAGGGCCUAACGAUAUUCCGUCAAAUUUUGUCGCUGUCAGCAGUACCUCGGAUUUCGCAUUCGCACCGGCGGCUACAGACUCAAUCCUAGCGGCAGUGACCGACUGCACGGUGGAGGACCACCCUCACCUUAUAUGCGACAGUGGCCCCGACGAAUACACCUUCGGCAUUCUCGCAGUUCGCAUCCUCUCCAGGAGCCACUUCUGUGACAACGAGCACUCCUGA